UUGACAAUAUACUUCCAUGCAUUUAUCUAUACUUUCCAACUAAAUUUUACAUUAAUUUUUCACGUGAAUAAACAAUUUAAACAAAAUUUACGGUAUCUAAUCGGCGUUUAAAUCGAAAUUAAAAUUAGCCUAUGUUUACUAUUUUAUCUAACCUAAUCCUCGCGCAGGGGAUAUCUCCAGUUUAAUUAACAAGAUAUUCGCCAAGUUUUGUCACGUACAUGUAAAAAGAUUCGCCAGUAUUGAUAUAGGCAGUCCGUGCAGGUAACACAGACACUCGCAAGACGAUGUUAGUGAAAUGAUAAAGCAAAACCGUGGCCGGUUGACGAUAAUCCGUUCGACACUUGUUCUGACCGAUCGUAGAUUGUUCGAUGCGGGUGUGUGAACGCACACUUGCACACAAGUACCUCCGAUGAUCUUAUAAAAGCGGCGACCAAGUCGGGGACCAGUAAUUCGCCGUUAGCAACAGCUCCGUUUAACGUGUCGUUCGUGUAAACAACGUGCUCAAAGAUGGUACAGAUCGUAGGAAAAUAUCAACACGUCUCCAACGAGAAUUUCGAGGAGUUCUUGAAAUCCUCCGGUCAUCCCGAGUUGGCUGGACCUCUGCUGAUGUCCAAACCUAUCGUGGAGAUCACCAACAACGGCGAUCAAUGGACUAUCGUCAUCACCUCCGACAACAAGUCUAGCACCUCCAUCUUCAAACUGAACGAACCCUUCGAGGAGAAGCUGCCCUCUUACGAUCGCAAAUUCCAGAGCGUUGCUGUGAUGGAAGGCAACACCUUCAAAGUAACAACGGAGGUCGGUGAUGCUAAAAUGUUCCGCGUCUACGAAUUCACGGACGCUGGAAUGAAAGUUCACCUGUCCACAAACAAAAACGACCUCAAGGCAACACGUACAUACAAGAGGCUUUAAACCAUGAGGACAAUUAGACAAAGAAUUAACAUUUUCAUAUUACGUUAAUUAAAAAUAAAAACUUUUUUACAACUUGAAUGAUCCUUUUAAUCUUCCACGAUAAUUAUUCGAAAUAAAAGAAAAAUCGGGUACAACGAACUGAGCCACCUUCGAUAUUUAAUAUUAGUAUUUAUUUAAGAAGCUAAUAAUAACGCAACAGACGUAUAAUUCGAUUAUUAAAUUUAUACUCUCGAACCAAUUCUUUUUCCCUGUCGGUUUUCUAAAAUAUAUCAAUUUUAAAUAGUAUAAAAAAUGUAAUCGAUAAAUUAUUAAAUAUAAACGAUAAUGGACGCGCAUACAGAACUAAGUACUUUUUUUUGCAUUUCCAAACAGAAGGCAAUAAAUUUUUGUUAAUAUGCACAAGUGUUAAAAAAUGGAGAAUAAAAGAAUUAUAGUGACUUUUUUUGGCAGUAGACUCUGUGAUUCUGUCACAAAUCGUUAAAAAGUUUGUUUUAUUAAGUGUCGUUCAGUCGGCAGUAAAGAUCGAUGCAGAGUUUAAAAAUCAGUCACAUCGUUAGAAAAACUGGCAAAUGGUCCUACAAGGGGGAUACGUAAACUCCACCCACCAUUUCCGGUCCCUUUCUUUCCGUAACUUCCGCCAUCUUUCCGGUGACCUACACAUACAAGUUGUCUCUUGGUUUCGUACUUGUUCGAACUUUAUUUAAUAUAAUAUUGUAUCACAUUAACUCAUAAAAGUGCUGUACAUAGAUGGAUAGAGAAUACAUAAGAAUGGUAUCAAUUAAUGUCGAGCAUCUUUUUAAUAUUCUCUCGCAGUAUACUCAACUUCGGAAUAGGAACAAACAAAAAAGAAAAAAUAAAUA